AUGCUUUUCCUGUUGGCAUUUUUCUUGUUUGAUCUGGAUCUCUUUUUGGAAAAGAACCCUAUGAUCAAUGCCAGGGAACAGGAUCUGCAGUCCCGAGCCCUGGCCCCUCCCCAGCUCUGGUGCUGGAGGCACAGUGCCAGGUUCUGGGGACACAGUGGUGACAAAUCUGAGGAGAUCAUAGCUCAUGGCGCCCUAGCCCACCCCCAGCGGAGGUAUCUUUGGAAAAGCGGCCGGGUGAGGGUAAUGGAACCAGCAGGCCAGGCCCGGGAGGCAGCCACCAAGCUGUCGGAGGCGGUGGGCGCGGCGCUCCAGGAGCCCCGGCGGCAGCGGCGCCUGCUGUUGGUCAUCGUGUGCGUGGCGCUCUUCCUGGACAACAUGCUGUACAUGGUCAUCGUGCCCAUCGUGCCCGACUACAUAGCCCACAUGCGCGGCGGCAGCGAGAGCCCCACCCCGACCCCCGAAGUGUGGGUAUCCACCAUGCUGUCGCCCACUCCGGCCAAUGUCAGUGCCAACGUGGUCAACAGCUCAGAGUCCCCGACGGCCGCGUGGCCUGCCGGAUCUGCUUUGAGGCCCCGCUACCCUACAGAAAGCGAGGAUGUGAAGAUUGGAGUGCUGUUUGCCUCCAAGGCCAUCCUGCAGCUGCUAGUGAACCCCCUGAGCGGGCCCUUCAUCGACCGCAUGAGCUACGACGUGCCGCUGUUCAUCGGCCUGGGCGUCAUGUUCGCCUCCACCGUGCUGUUUGCCUUCGCGGAGGACUACGCCACGCUCUUUGCUGCGCGCAGCCUCCAAGGCCUGGGCUCAGCCUUCGCGGAUACGUCCGGCAUUGCCAUGAUCGCCGACAAAUAUCCUGAGGAACCUGAGCGCAGUCGAGCGUUGGGUGUGGCGCUAGCCUUCAUCAGCUUCGGAAGCCUAGUGGCACCACCCUUCGGGGGCAUCCUCUACGAGUUCGCAGGCAAGCGCGUGCCUUUUCUGGUGCUCGCCGCUGUGUCGCUGUUCGACGCGCUGUUGCUGUUGGCGGUAGCCAAGCCCUUUUCUGCCGCGGCUCGGGCGCGGGCCAACCUGCCGGUGGGCACGCCCAUCUACCGCCUCAUGCUGGACCCCUACAUCGCUGUGGUAGCCGGCGCGCUCACCACUUGCAACAUCCCCCUCGCCUUCCUCGAACCCACCAUUGCCACGUGGAUGAAGCACACGAUGGCGGCAUCUGAGUGGGAGAUGGGCAUGGCCUGGCUGCCGGCCUUCGUGCCACAUGUGCUGGGCGUCUACCUCACUGUGCGCCUGGCGGCGCGCUACCCACACCUGCAGUGGCUCUAUGGCGCUCUUGGGCUGGCAGUGAUUGGCGCCAGCUCGUGCGUGGUGCCCGCCUGCCGCUCCUUCACACCACUCGUGGUCUCGCUGUGCGGCCUCUGCUUCGGCAUUGCGCUGGUCGACACAGCCCUGCUGCCCACGCUCGCCUUUCUCGUGGACGUACGCCACGUCUCCGUCUACGGCAGCGUCUACGCCAUUGCCGAUAUCUCCUAUUCUGUGGCCUAUGCGCUCGGGCCCAUAGUGGCGGGCCACAUCGUGCACUCGCUCGGCUUUGCGCAGCUUAGCCUUGGCAUGGGCCUGGCAAACCUACUCUACGCGCCUGUCUUGCUGCUGCUGCGCAACGUGGGCCUCCUGACGCGUUCCCGCUCCGAGCGCGAAGUGCUGCUGGAUGAGCCACCGCAGGGUCUGUACGAUGCCAUGCGCCUGCGUGAACGGCCUGUGUCCGACCCAGACGGAACUCCUCGCAGCACCUCCGGUCCAUUUGACGAUUGCGAGGAUGACUAUAACGACUACUACACCCGCAGCUAA